AUGGCACCCAGGACCCUCCUCCUGCUCCUCUCGGGGGUCCUGGCUCUGACACAGACCCGGGCGGGCUCCCACUCCCUGAGGUAUUUCUCUACCGCCACGUCCCUGCCUGGACGAACGGAGCCCCGCUUCAUCAUCGUCGGCUACGUGGACGACACUCAGUUCGUGAGGUUCGACAGCGACGCCCCGAAUCCGAGGAUGGAGCCGCGGGCGCCGUGGAUGGAGCAGGAGGGGCCGGAGAUGUUUGGCUGCGACGUGGGGCCGGACGGGCGCCUCCUCCGCGGGUACCUUCAGGACGCCUACGAUGGCGCCGAUUACAUCGCCCUGAACGAGGACCUGCGCUCCUGGACCGCGGCGGACACGGCCGCUCAGAUCACGCAGCGCAAGUGGGAAAAGGCGGGUGUGGCGGAUCACUACAGGGCCUACCUGGAGGGCAGGUGUGUGGAGUGGCUCCGCAGAUACCUGGAGAACGGGAAGGAGACGCUGCUGCGAACAGUGCCUCCAAAGACAAAGGUGACCCAUCACCACCUCACUGAUGGCGAGGUCACACUGAGGUGCUGGGCCCUGGGCUUCUACCCUGCGGAGAUCACCCUGACCUGGCAGCGGGAUGGGGAGGACCAGACCCAGGACAUGGAGCUUGUGGAGACCAGGCCAGCAGAGGACAGGGCCUUCCAGAAGUGGGCAACUGUGGUGGUUCCCUCUGGAGACGAGCAGAGAUACACAUGCCGUGUGCAGCAUGAGGGGCUGCCUGAGCCCCUCACCCUAAGAUUGGAAAUGCCCACCACCUCCAUCCUGGGAAUCAUUGCUGGCCUGGUUGUCCUUGGAGUUGUGAUCAUUGGCGUUGUGGUGGGAGUUGUGAUCUGGAAGCAGAAGAGCUCAGGUAGAAAAGGAGGAAAGUAUGCUCAAGCUGCAAGCAGCGACAGUGCUCAGGACUCUGAUGUGUCUCUCACGGUGUCUCAGAUUAAGACCCUGUAG